GUUGACAAACGUGCGGACCGAGACUAAACCUGGACAAACCCGAGAAACUGCGCCGUGUUUCCGCCUCCAAACUGCACCAAAAUGUAAAGUGCGCGGGUCAGAACACCGCGAGCGAACCGGACGGAUCCAUUUAAAGCCGGUGUGAGUUGGAGCCAUGUUGAAGUGGCUGUCGGGAGACGAGGGGGGGGCCGGGUCAGCGGGGCCCCCUCCCCCCGGCUCCUCCUCCGGCGCGGCGGCGGCGACGGCGGCGACGGCGGACGAGCUCUCGGAGCGUCUGACUCAAACUGAGCAGCUGGUCUCUCAGUUAAAAGACCUGAUCCGAGAAAAAGACACAGAACUGAGAAACAAAGACGAACAACUCAAGGCAGAGAAAGAGUCGUGUGAGGCCAAACUGUCAAAGCUCCGUCUCCAGAACAAAGCCAAAGUCACGUCUCUGAGCUCUCAGCUGGAGGAGCUGAAGAAACACCAGGGGGCGCCCUCACCCAAGAAGGGCGACGGCGCAGACCAAGCCGCUCGAGGGAAGGUGGUGCUGCUGAAGAAGAAGGUGGAGGAGCUGGAGCAGACGCUGAACCAGAGGGACCAGGAGCUCAACACCAAGCGGGAGGAGCUGUCGUCUUGGUUUCGGCGCGGGGAGGAGAUGGAUCAGAUGCUCACGGAGAAGGACAGGAAGCUGGCGGAAAAGGAGGCGUACAUCGUGCACCUGCAGACCGCGAUGGGAGGAGAGCAGCCCACAGCGCCGCCGAAGGAGACGGAGAACGGCGGCUCUCUGGUGGACCUUCAGAAUCUGGUCCAGAAUUUGACGAAGAAAAUCGGGGAAGCGGAAGAACGGUACAGCCUCCUCCAGGAACAGUCGGAGAGCCUCAAGGAACUGCUGUCCACAGAGCAGGAGCAGUUCACCAAGAAGGAAGACAUGUACAAACAAAAUAUCCAGACGUUCAAAGACAUCAUUCUGCAGAAGGACAACCAGCUGAUGGAGAUGAGCCAGAUGCACGAACAGGAACUUUUCAGACUCGCCGCCAAAUCUGACGCCAGCGCAGACUUGGAGCAGCUUUUGAAGGCUCUCAAACAGAAGCUCCACGAGAAAGAGGAGGUGCUUCUGGGUAAAAACCAGGUGAUCGAUGUUCUUCAGGGAGAGGUGGACACCAGGGACGGGCAGAUCAAGGAGCUGCUGGAGCGUCUGAAGCGCGUCCAGGUGGAGCAGAAGAGUCUGGAGUCUAAGACGGAGGCGGAGAGACACGUGAUGAAAGCUCAGAUCAGAGACCUCAUGGAGAAACACCAGAGCGAGGUGCAGAGGAUGAAGGACCUGCACCAAGAGGAAAUCUCCAGAACGCAACAGGAGAUACUGCAGAGGGUGGAGGAGAGGAGGAGGGAGGAGGGGACGGAGGAGAAGAGGAGGGACGAGGGGGAGACGGAGACAAAGAGCCCGGAAAAGACGGAGAAGAGGAUCACUCAGCUGGAGGCUAAAGUGAAGGAGAAGACGGAGGAGGCGAAUAAAUCUGAAGCAAAGUUCCUGAAGAUAAAGGCCUGGUCCAAAUCCAGGAUCAAACAGCUGGAGGAGGAGCUGAGGAGGAGCCAGGCUGGAUCUGCGUCUCCAGACCUGGACGCUCUUCAGGCUCAGAUCACGGCGCUGGAGGAGGAGCGGGAAGAAAACCUCUGGAAACUGGAACACUACCAAGAACUCAGAGCCAAAAACGAAAUGCUCGAGGCCAAACUGGUUUUGUACGAGGAGCAGCAGAGAACACUACAGGCCGACCUGGAGCAGUUCACCAAGAGAGCCACGUCACAGGCGAGCGAGGCGGGCAGUGCAGACGACCCUCAGGUUCAGGUGUUGGAGUGGCAGGAGAUGGUGGCCGAGGCCGUCAGCGCCCGAGAGCGAGCCCAGGACGAGAAGAACGCUCUGAGUGUGCGCAUCAACCAACUGGAGGAGGAGAAGGAGGCUCUGGCCUCUCGGCACCAGGAGUUGGAGGAGGAACUGGCCCAGAGUCGAGGCCUGAGUCCGGCCAAAGGAUCCGGGAAGUCUGGACGCGCCGCCGAGAGGAGCCUGCAGGAGGACUUUGAGCUGGACGGCCACGCCCCUCUGUUCCCCACCCCCCGCAGCCCCCCCGACAGCGCCGCCCUGGUGGAGAUGGAGGGAGAGAACAUGGGAGGUGGUCUGCGGUCGGUGGUGGAGGAGUUGGAGCUGGAGAGGAACCAGCUGCAGGAGCAGAUCCUGAGUCUAGAGGAACGCUGCCAGGACCUGGAGGACAGACUCCAACUGCAGGCGCGGAUAGAAACCCUACAGGUGACGUUUGGGGUAGAGGAGGAAGAGACGCCGUUUUGGGUUCCUCAGAAUGAGACUGAACGGCUGCAGGGUCAGUUGGCCAACGCGAGGAGCCAACAGAGCCGAGACGCCGAGAAACACCAGCUCCUCGUGUCCAGCCUCAACCAGCAGCUCAAAGGACUGAGUGAGACGCAGGAGACUCUGGAGACGUCGCUGCUGGAGAAGGAAACGUCUUUGGCCCAAACCUCCGAGAAGCUGGAGGUGAUAAACGGCCUGAAGGGGGCGCUGAGAGAGAGCGAGGAGCAGAGCCGAGAGCUGAGCGAGCGCCUCACUCACACACAGCACAAUUUGGAGGAGGUGUUGAAGAAGUGCAGCGUCUCGGAGCAGCGGUGUUCUGCGCUGAAGAACGAAGUGGGAGAUUUAACACAAAAACUCUGCGUCCUCAAAGAGAAGGCUCAAAAACAGGAGUCCACGAUCGAGACUUUACAAACCGAACUGGACCAGACCAACGAGGAGCUGGACAAAUUAAACUCCGCUCACCUGGAGGAGCGAGCGCAACUCAUCCACGACCUCCAAACGUGCGAACGCGAAAUCGACAAUCUCAAAGACGCGCUGAGCGAAAGAGACAAAGAAAUCGCGACCCUCACCGCCAACAUGACGGAGUACGCCGACCAGAUCGCCGAGCUGAAGCAGGAGAUCAGGCUCAAAGAACAGAGUCUGGUCCAGGUCGAAAACGCGCUGCAGAAGUCCGAGCGAGACGCCAUGGUUCUGAGAGAAUCGCAAACGUCGGACCAGCAAGUUUUGAAUUCUAAAAUAUCGGAAAUGGUCGAGAAGAUUAAGGAAUUUGAGGUGGAACUGAGCAAAACGAAAGAUGAGAGAGACGCGAAAGGAGCGGAAGUAGAGCAGCUGGUUAAACAAGCCGAUAAAGACAAGAAACUGAUCCAAGAAUUAAGAUCAGAUGUUCAAAAGCAAACGAACAGUCACCGCAACCAUCUCUCUGAAUGUGAAACGCACAUCAACUCACUUAAGGAGCAAUUAACAUCUGCUCAUGAUAAGUUAAACGAGGAGAUUUCAAAGUUGAAUUCCAGUCAAGGAACGCUGCAACAGAAAGAGGAAAUGUGGGAAAAUGAGUUAAAAUCCUACAAAGACGAAAAUAAUUCACUUUUAGCCCAAGUGGACAAGUUUAACUCAGAAAUUAAAACUCUCAGUGACGAUUUUAAGGCAAAACUUGAGAUUAUAACGACGCUCGAGAGAAGAAUCGACGAGGAAAGGACAAAAUAUAAUUCAAAAUUGCAAGAACGGGAUUCGGAAAACCUGAAGAUGAAAAGCGAACUGCAGAGUAAGUCGGAAAACAUGUCCAAACUGAAAAACGCAUUGAAGAAUUUGAAAGCAGAAAAGGGUCAGCUGCAAGAAAAGAUGACGAGCUUGAAUCAGGAGUUUGAUUUGGACAAACAAAAGUUAAAUCGGGAAAUUCAAGAUCUCAGAGAAAUUAAAUCUAAGCUUGAAAACGAAAUCGCGCUGCAUCUUGGAGCAAUAUCGGAGCUCAACAACGAAAAAGUCGGUUUAAACGCGAAAAUAACCCAACUCGAUGCAGCAAACUUGGAAAACGCAGGAACUAUUGAAACAUUACGAAAGGAAAACGAGGAUCUUAGAAUUCAGACAGGCGAUUUGAACAAAGUUUUGGAGCAGAGCACGCAUUCGAAUUCCGAAAUUUUACUCGCCAAAACGAACGAGUGCACCCACCUCAGCCAGGUGCUACGAGAGAAGGAGGAGGAGAUGGCGAGACUGCGAGAUAAAGUGGACGGUUUGAGUUCUAAAGUUGGGAAUCUCGAGCGCGAGCUGACCGAGAAAGACGGCUGCAUUUCUGAACUUAGAAGCAAUUUGGAUGAGCUGCAGAACCGGAGGAAGCAACUCGAAGAAUCCCUGUCCAAAAUGGAGCAACAAGAAGAACAUGUCAGAUCGGAAUUGUGUCAAAAAGACGCCGUUUUGACAGAAAAGCACGCCGAAAGUUUGAAAUUCUCGAACGAAAUCGCGAACCUGCAGAAUGUUAUAUCUAAGCUAGAAGGCGACAACGACUCAGUCAAUUUGGAAAACGCAAAUUUUCGCAAACGGAUCCACGAAAAGUGCGAGGAAUUCCAAAACUUGACCACACAAUUCCGGAAGCAGAAAGAAGAGUUGGACAAUGCGAAUGGUUUAGUGCAAUCUCUCCAGUCCCAAGUUGGUUCGAUGGAGGAGGAUUCAAGAAAACUGCAGUCGGAACUUGAAACCAGCAGAGCAGAAUGUGUGAAUUUGCAAAAACAUAUGGAAUCAACGAUGGCUGAAAACCGGAAUCUCUCCAGCAACGUGGAAUCCAAAGACGCAGAGCUUGCCCAGGCCGCUGAACGACACGCGAACCUAACCGCGCAAGUCGGCAAACUCGUGGAAGACAAUAAAAGACUUGAACAAGACUUAGAGCGAAACUCGAGAGAAAUCGAUGCGCUUAAAAAUGAGCGAAGUUCAUUACAAGAGCAGGUUUUGAGCGAUAAAACGGUUAUCGAAGGGCUGGUGAAGGAAAAAGACGACAUCACGUUAACCAUCGUGAAGCUGAACAAGGCACUGAACGAAAACGAAAUCUUGAAUUCUGAGAAAACGAACGAAUGCGUGAAUUUGCUGAGAGAGAAAGAAGAAUUUGCGCAGGGUUUACAAAAAGAAAUCGGCGAAUUAAAAACGGAAAUUGAUCGAUUAAACGGCGCUCUGUCAGAAUCCAAGGACCAGCAGCUGCAGGUGGAAGAUACGGUUUCGAUGCUGCGAGAACAAGGCGCCGCUCUGAAGUCCGCGCUGAUGGAGAAAGACGCGAUGCUGACCCAGAAAACGGACGAAAUCAAGCGACAAAACGAAGUUAUUUCGACGAUGCAGAAAGAUCUAGAUUCGCUUCGUGAAGAGAGUCGGCAAAAGACGAGAGACAUCGAGCAAAAAGAGCUGAGUUUAACUGAAAUGAGCAAAGAACUACAACACCACAAAGACGAGUUGGACAAAAGGAACGAGUCUGUUUUGACGCUGAGCAGCCAGCUGGGCGUCAUGAACGAGAACGCGGUCGAGAUGGAAUCAGAGUUGAAUAACUUGAAAGCAACGAUGGAAAAACUAGCUUCCGAAAACGCGCAACUGGUCCAAGACGCAGAGCGAAACAAAACGAAGCUGGUUGAUUUCGAAGAUGGCGUCCAAGUUUUGAAGGAGCAAAAUUCAAGCUUGAAAACUGAACUGCUGAAAAACGUAAAUGAGCUGGAGACGCUGAAGGCGGAAAUAGCGAAUUAUCGAGCGGCAGUGAAAGAAAGCGAGACUAAAAUGACGUCUUUAUCAGAUGAGCUUAAGUUGGAAAGAGAGAGGCUUAGUCAGACAGAGCAGGGCAACGAGGAGACGCUCAAACAAAAGCAAGAUCUGGUUCAGAAUCUAAACACUAAAGUUACUGAGCAGCAACGUGAGUUACAACAGAGGAACAGUGAGAAUGAGAAACUGGUAGCGCAAGUUUUAGAAUUUCAAAAAACAGUUCAGAAUCUUACCUCGGAAUCACAAUUACUGAAAGCGUCUUUGGAACAGAAGGAAAAAUCAAGUCUGGAAUUGGAAAACGCGUCUUCUGCAACAGUCAAGAAGCUGAGUUCAAAUCUGCAAAACAAAACGGUUGAAUGCGAAAGCUUAAAAGAACGGAUUUCCAGUUUGGAGGAGGCGACGAGAAAGCUUCAGGAAAGUCUCCAGGGGCAAGUUUCCGAAACGCAAAAACUGCAAAAAGCGUUGGGAGAGAAGGAGGCCGUUUUAGCCGAGCAAUCCAAAAACAUCCGGAUGAGAGAAGACGAAGCGUUGAUGUAUAAAUCGCAGUUCGUGGAAAGCACAGAGUUGGUGUCAAAGUUGCAAAGCGAAUGUGGGAACUUGAGAAAGGAAUCUGAAGAAAUUCAAAGUGCCUUUAAAAAUCUGCAAGACAAAUACGCUGCACACUUAGAGGAGCUACGAAGCGUCAAAGAUCUACUGUCACAAAAAGAUGACGCUGUUCUUAGUUUGCAAAAGUUACUCGAAAACGGAUCGAGUGAACAACAAAAUGCUCAAAGUACGAUAGAAAAACUAAAAAACGAGUUGGCGGACGUCUAUAAACAGCUAGAAAACGCGCAAAAGGCCGGCGCCGCGCUGGUCGAGGAGAAGGACGCGGCGCUCGCAUCGCAUCAGGAGAACGUGGAGAGGCUCACCGUGGAGGUAGACAGGCUGAAGUCGCAGCACGUUCAGGUGGUGACCCAGAUGGACGCGCUGACCGGCAACAUCGAGCAGCGGGAGAUGGCGCUGCACGCGAUCAACAACCAGUACGCGGCGCAGGCCAAGCACGCGGCGCAGCUGGUGGCGCAGAUUCAGAUUCUGGAGGAGCAGAACACCAAAGAAAAGGAGGCCUUCGGCAAGGAGAACGCGAAGCUGCAAGACCGGGUUAGGAAACUCGUCCAGGAGAAGGAGGAGUUGUUGACGAAACGGAAAGAAGCCGAGGAAAGUAAAACGCAAAAGGAGCGAGAGUCGAGCGACGCGGUGAAGAGGCUGACGGCCGAGAACGAGACCCUGCAAGCUAAGGUCAGUGCACAGAACGACGACGUGGUAAAACUGAAAGAAAAUAUUGUUAAGCUAGAACAAAUUUUGCAAGAUUCUGAGAAAGAGUGGCUUCUAGUUUUAGAGAAAGAAAAGCAAGAUAAGAACUUGAUGGCAGAGGAGCUAAAAUGUGUUGAAAAUGAGAUUAAGUGUAAGGACGUUAAAGUUACCGCGUUGAAAGAGGACUUGGAUAGUUUGCAAGAGAAGCUGGCGGAGGCGGCGCUGGCGGUGAAGCAAGGGUCAGAGCGACUUGUAGCUACAGAACAAGAAGCAGCCGCAUCAAAAAAGCAGCUAGAAAACGUCUUAGCUUUGAUACAAGAAAAAGACGACGUUAAUAAUCAUUUACAGCAGAUGUUUGAGAGUGUCGAAGGUGAGUUGCGGAGACUGACCAACAGAAGCGACAAAAACGACGAUCCGAAAGAGAAGAGCGCGUAUUUACUCGGUUUGGUUAAAGAUUUGGAGCAAAGUUACACUUGUGAAAUUGAUGCCUUAAAGAGGACUCUGGACGACACGACGGAGAAGUUGAAAAAUACAGAAAGCAACGUUGAAAAGGGCGAUUUUGAGAAGGGUCAGCAGAUUAACGUACUGCAAGAAUCGCUAAACCAAGUGCAAAGACGACUCGACGGCGAAGCGGAGAAGGUCCGAGAAGCCGCGGAGAAGUACGCAUUGCUGUAUCGGGACGUGAAAGCAAAAGACGAACAUAUAAACCGAUUGGAAGUCCAGAUUACGCAACAACAAGAGCUACUCGCGGCUCUAAGUCAACAACUGAAGGAGAAAGACGUGUCCAUCGCACAAGUUAUCGAAUCGGCUGCGAACGAAAGGGUUAAAUUUACGGAAGAAAUUGCAGAUUGGAAAGAACAACUGGAAAAAUCGCAAAACGAACUCAGGGCGUCUGCGGAAAAGAGCCAAAGGGAAGCAGAUUCAGCAAAUUUGGAGACGGAUAAAAAGAUCGAAGAGUUGAAAACUGAAUUGGCGCGAACGACGAAAGAAAGGGACGCGGCGAAGAAGAAAUUGCAAGCGGCGCUGGUCGUCCGAAAAGAAUUAAUGAAGAAAAUCGAAACGUACGAAAAUGUGGACAUUGUUGGUUAUAAAAGUGAAUUGUCGCAGUUGAGUGAACGGUUGCAGGAGCUGGAAAAACAACUUGAAGAAGGACAGAGAAAAUACUGUGAAAAUAUUGAUCAGAAAGACAAAGAAAUCCAAGAAUUCCAAGCUAAAAUAGAUGGAUUUGAGCUGGAAAUACAACAUUUAAAGGCAGAGGUGACUAAUAAGGAAUUAUGUCUCUCUGAAAAUAAUUCCUCAAUCCAGCUCCUACAAGCAAAUCUCUUAGAAAAGGACAAUGUAUUUGAACAAGAAAAAAGCAGUUUAAUUUGUCAACAAAACAUAGAAAUCGGAAAACUCGAGACAGAAAUCCAAAAUUUGAAAACGGCACUAGAAGACAAAGAUCAGCGCCUGGUUGACGCAACGCAAAAAGUGGACGCAAAUAGUUCCACAAUUGAGCAACUUAAAGCGAAUCUGACCGAGCUACAGGAAGAAAAACACAUCUUGAUGCAAAAAUCGGAAGAGCUUCAAAGCGAAAUCAAAACUGCGUCCGCUGCGUCCGCUUCUGUCGCUGAAUUUGAGAGCGAAAUGGCCCAGGUGAAGAAAGAGAAAGCCGUGCUGCAAAAGAAGGCGCAGGCGGCGAUGUUGGCUCGCAAAGAAACGGUUAAGAAAUCGCAGGAAAACGAAAAGAAACUGAUGCAAGAGCUCGCGGAGGUGAAGGAGGAAUACGGCAAACUCACACAGCAAAACGAUGAGCUGAACGCAGCGAGGGAAAACCUGGAACGAAAAGUGGACGAAAUUCAGAAAUUAUCAAACGCGUACCAAACUGAACUUGAAGAUUUGAAGCUACAAUUUGAGGCGAGAGAAAGUAGUUUGCAAGAAAAGGAAAGCCAAUGUCAAAACGAAGUCGCAUCGCUGAGACGACAAGCGGAGGAGACGGAGAGAAUUGUACAAGAACUGAAAUUACAACUUCAAGUAAAAGAAAGUCAGUGCCAAACUUUGUCAAACGAGCAAAGUGAACUCGCGGCGCUGAAAGAAAAAACAGAUUCGUCCUUUUCAAACGAACUGGAAGCUUUGAGACGACAAGCGGAGGAGAAAGAGCGGAGUCUGAGCGAUUUCCAAACGGCGCUCGACGAGAAGGACGCCCAGUGUGCUUCUUUACGAAACGAACUGCAGCGAGUCAAAGCAAAUCUGGACGACGUGUCUUCAACCUGCGCGAACGAACUGCAACUCUCGAAGCGGCAAGUCGAGGAGAGAGAGAGAAGUCUGCGGGAACUUAAAGCGGCGCUUGAAGCUGCAGAAAACCGAUGUCAAACUUUGUUAAGCGCGCAAAGUGAACUGGAACGCCUCAAAUCGAAAAUGGAACACGCGUCUCUUGAAACGGCCAAAAAGGAUGAAGAUAUUGUCGUUUUGAAUGAACAGGUUGAAGAACUAAAAUCAAGACUUACAAAAUCCGAAAUCGAACUGGAAAAAGCGCAAAAACAAGCAGGAAAAUGUAAAAACUCUGGAAGAACAACUUGAAAUCUUGAAACGGCAACAACUGGAAGCGAAUGAAGUUGGAAAUCAAGAAAAUAAAAUACUACUGGAAAAAUAUGACCAGCUAAAAACUGAGCUUGACACGGCACUUUCAGAAUCGGAAAUGGCGCGUCAAGAUUGCAA